AUGGAGAUGAUAAGACCAGCUAAUUUUAUUAAGACCUUGGCCAUUCUUCCAGAGAAAAGGAAUGCAAAUGUACACUGUUCAUUUAAAACAAUAUUAAUAAGUUGUUGUUUUGUUUCUAUAGGUGCAUCUGAACCUUCUUUUAUUGCUAAAAGUGAAGAUCGUUUGUUUAAACAUUUAUUUGAAGACUAUCAGAGAUGGGUUCGUCCCGUGGAACGCUUGAAUGACACCAUCAAAAUAAAGUUUGGUCUGGCAAUCUCUCAACUAGUAGAUGUGGAUGAGAAAAAUCAACUGAUGACAACAAAUGUCUGGCUGAAACAGGAAUGGAUAGAUGUAAAAUUAAGGUGGAAUCCUGAAGACUAUGCUGGAAUAACAUCUAUUCGUGUCCCAUCAGAUUCUAUUUGGAUUCCAGAUAUCGUGUUGUAUGACAAUGCAGAUGGACGUUUUGAGGGAACAUCUACAAAAACUGUGGUAAAAUAUGAUGGCACAAUUGCUUGGACUCCACCAGCAAACUACAAAAGUUCUUGUACUAUUGAUGUAACCUUCUUCCCCUUUGACCUCCAAAACUGCUCAAUGAAAUUUGGUUCCUGGACUUAUGAUGGCUCACAGGUUGAUAUCAUUCUUGAAGAUUAUGACGUAGACAAAAGAGACUUUUUUGAUAACGGAGAAUGGGAAAUAGUGACUGCAACAGGGAGCAAAGGAAAUAGGACUGAUGGAUGCUGCUGGUAUCCUUUUGUUACAUAUUCAUUUAUUAUCAGACGCUUGCCACUUUUUUAUACCUUGUUUCUCAUUAUUCCUUGCAUUGGGCUUUCAUUUCUAACUGUCCUUGUCUUCUAUCUUCCUUCAAACGAAGGUGAAAAAAUCUCACUCUGCACUUCAGUACUGGUAUCUUUGACUGUUUUUCUUCUCGUUAUCGAAGAGAUUAUCCCAUCAUCAUCUAAAGUUAUCCCACUCAUAGGAGAGUACUUGGUGUUUACUAUGAUAUUUGUGACCCUGUCCAUUGUGAUAACUGUCUUUGCUAUCAACAUCCAUCAUCGCUCUUCCUCUACACACAACGCUAUGGCCCCUUGGGUUCGCAAGAUAUUUCUUCACAAACUUCCCAAGCUGCUUUGCAUGAGGAGUCAUGUAGACAGAUACUUUCCUCAGAAGGAGGAAACAGGAAAUGCAAAUGGCUCAGAGUCAUCCAGGAACACCCUGGAAGCAGCUCUAGAUUCGAUCCGAUACAUCACGAGGCACGUUAUGAAGGAGAAUGAAGUCCGUGAGGUUGUUGAAGACUGGAAAUUUAUUGCUCAGGUGCUUGAUCGAAUGUUCUUGUGGACUUUUCUUCUGGUUUCAAUAAUUGGAUCACUGUUGUUAUUUAUUCCUGUUAUUCAUAAAUGGGCAAGUAUAAUAGUUCCUACACAUAUAGGCAGUACAAAUGGAUAA